GCAACGACUUGGUUGAAAUAAAUAAACUAGGAAAACCUUGUUGAGUAAAUAUUUUGUAUUAAUAGUACGUAAAAAGCACAGCUAUUAGUAGCUCUAUUAUAUAUAUUUUUUUGGAAUAUUGUCUAAAUAGAAAACGCUGAACUAUACAUGCGUAAGUGUACGCUCUGUUUGGUGAUAAGCAUUUUGUGACGCAGAUUUUGGGUGGCCGUUCGUGUUGUCAGAAGUUUGUGUACGAGAUUAUGUUAUGGCAUCUAUGACCAGAACGUCAUCAGAGGAAAGCAUCAUUGCGCCCAACAUAAAAUUUAAUGUGUCCAGCUCAAGUGAGGAUAUCUGCAAGGAAUCGAAUAACCAAACAAAUCCAGAGGUUGAUAUUGGACGAAAAUAUGAGUGUACCCUGUGUAGCAAAUCACACCCACAACAUAGAUAUCAUUGCGGGUCAUGCGUUCGGAAUGGUAACUUUAUGCACAGUAAAAUUGUUGACUGUACACAGAAGGAAAACCUUCAUGAAAAGCAACAACGGUAUAUCAAAAUAAAAGGUGGUAUCAAGGACUUAAGUAAUCAAUAUGAAAUGUUUAUGCGAGAUCAGCGUUCUGGCGAGAAUCUUCUGUGUGAGAUUAAACGAAAAAAACAGAGGAUUCAGCUGCUUAACAGAUUAGUGUCAGAAAAGCAAAUGCUAUUAAUCAAUCGAAAAGAGAAAAAAGAUCUGCUAAGUAAAGCGAAUUUCGACAAACGAAAGCAGCUACCAAAUUACCCGAUAAAGGUAAAAGCUCUAGAAGACUACGUAUUCGAUAGACAUGAGAAAAUUUGUAAACUACGCGAUCAAUAUGCAGAAAUGAUGACUAGAGUACAACAAGAAACGCGACAGAAUAUAAACAACCUCGUACAAUAUAUCUUUCCUAUAUCGGAGGUUAUGCUCAAAGAUGAGAAGCGUCCAUGUGAUGGGCAGGAGGGAGAGCAAGGCAAAACACGUAAUAAGGUUGAUGACACGAAGCGUCACAUUACCAAUGCUGAGCACAUUUCUUAUAUACGUGGUAAAUGGGUAUUUCACGGCAGUGGAAUUAGUGAAGUUCAAUAUCGAAUAGUAGCGCCAUCGUUGCCUGCUAAUGGCGAUUAUACUGCCUUCCUAGACUGGUUGACUGACAACAAAGAUGAUGUACCAAAAACUGAAGGUAAUCAAAUUCCCCCAAGCCAGAUUAACGCUUUCCGCAUCAUUGGAGCGCUCACCUAUACCACACAAUUAACCGAAUUAUUAAGCUAUUACCUGAAUGUGCGAUUGCCUCAUAAGGUGGAAUACGGAGACUUUUGUCGUAAACUCAACGCAGAACAAUUUUACCGCAAAGUAUCCCGGUUAAAUUCAAAUAUCAUGUACCUUGCGUAUACACAACAGGUGCAACUACGAAACCUGAAUGAGAAUCAUACGCUGGAAAAUAUAUUAGCCAUUUUAGAUGUGGAGAAAAGUAAUCUGGGGCGCCAUGGAUUCUAUGAAAUAUCUAAUGCACCGCUAAUGAAAUCUGUCGAUUCUUUGCUAAAAGGAAUUGAAACAGCUACUGAAUCUGAAUCGGAAGAUGAAAAUUCCUUACGCUCAGGUUGGGAGGCGGUAUCAAAUUUCCCGGAAGAGCCAGAUAUUGGAGAAUCGGAUUUAGUGCCAGACGUCGCUGCACAACAAUCAAGCAUUACAGGUGGCAUAAUAACAUCAGCAGCAAAUCGAAUAACCGCAAUACUUCGAUGGCGAAGAUAGAACUUAUAGAAUUCAACGCUUUUAAAUAAAUAAAAAAAAAAUAUAUACUAUAAAAAUAAGCACUAAUUACGCUCAUGUAUAAUGUGUUGCGAUAUUGUAUCCAUAUUUAUAUUUUUGUCUUUGCAUACACGUACCUACACUCAACACUUACAAACAUACAUAUAUACAUGACUAAAAUAAAAUAAAAUUGAUAAAACUUAUCAGGCA